UGUCUUCUAGGUGUCAUCGGUUAAAUAAAAACACAAAAAUUAAAAUUAAGUAAAAGUUUUAUUUAUUAUUAAAUAUUAAAUUGACUCCAGAGGAAGCAAAAUACGAAAUGUUACCAGUAACUUCAUUCCCAACUAUAUGCCGAACAUGCUUAAUUCACAGUGAACUGUAUUUAAUUGACGACGUUAACUGGGAAGGCCUUAAUCUUAAAGAAGUAAUUGAAAAUUGGACCCCUCUGCAGCUGAAAGAAAAUGAUAUGCUGCCAAAAAACAUGUGUAAAUGUUGUAUUCAACAUAUGUACACAACAUAUCACUUUUUAUUCAAAUGUAAGAAGUCAGAGAACACUUUACAAGAAAUUAUUCAACAAGAAAUACAAAAUGAACCAAAUAAAGAAAUAUUGGAUAUAAAAGCUUCUGAAAUGGGGAUUGGUGAAAAUACAUAUGAUAAAACUGGUGUGUUAACAUCAGAUAAUGAUAUUGAUGAUAAGUACUCAGUACACAAUGAUAAUCUAUCUGAUUUUAAUGAUCCUGAAGAAUUGAAAAGUGAUCUGUGUGAUGUCAGUGAGAAAAAUAGAAAUACCAUUGAUUCAUCUGGACCGACAAAAACUAAAAAAGCAAUCAAACAUGUCGACGUAGAGAACAAAGUUAAGUUAAGGAAAAGAGCAAAAGCACAACUCAUUACUUAUAGCAAUUUAGUAAAGAGUAAUAAGAGAUCGUAUGUUUUUCGAAAAGGUCCCCCAUAUACAUGCAUUACAUGCGAUUCCUCCUUUCAAAACUACGAGGAACUGAGAAUUCAUAAAAUCGAGACCAAGCAUAAAAAAGCAUUAAAGUUCAUUUGUCCAUAUUGUCAACGGAAACACGAUGCGUAUUCUAAAUAUCUAGAACACAUCAGAACCCAUACAGGAGAGAAACCGAAUAUAUGUUCUACUUGUGGCAAAGCCUUCAAUUUUAAGACUGAUUUAAAAAGGCACAUGAUCAUGCAUAUGGAAGUGAAACCGUACAAUUGUAGAUUUUGUAGUAAAGGUUUUACACGAAGGCAGUAUUUAACAGACCACGAAAGAAAACAUACGGGGGAACAAUUAAUAUGCUUAUUUUGUGGAAAAGGCUUUCAUUCGUAUUCCACAUUAUCGUAUCAUGAAAAGACCCAUAAAGGGCCUCCAGGAUGUGUUAAAGACCCAAUGUCAAAAGAUAGAUUAUUCCAAUGUCAUCUGUGUGAAAAGGUGUUAUUAACAGAACAUACUUUAAAAUCACACAUACUUCUACACGGGCCGAGGAACUUUAGUUGUGAUAUAUGCGGGAAGCUUUACGUUAGUAAAAACAGGUUACAAGAUCAUAUUCGAUUUUCUCAUCAAGAAAAUAAAUAUUCAUGUAAUAUAUGUAACAAAGAAUAUAAACAAAAACUUGGCUUGGAAGUUCAUAUUCAGUCCCAUUAUGGUAAAAAUAGAUAUGACUGUGACACCUGUGGAAAACAAUUUUCGUGCAAAGGUACUUUGUAUCAACAUAAGAGAGUACAUACAGGUGAUACAAAAUAUCAGUGCAAAGAGUGUCUUCACAUAUGUGUGAAUAAGCGGCAUUUAGACAAUCACGUGCGCGUCCAUACCGGAGAAAAACCUUUCGCCUGCGUUUUCUGUGGAAAAUCGUUCGCUCAGAAAGCCAACAUGCAAGCUCAUACGAAAAUCCAUACGGGCGAAAAGAACCACGUUUGUAAAGUCUGCGGGAAAGCGUUCUACGAUGGUAGAGGAUUGAGGAAACACAUUUCAGUUCACGACAAGGAUGGAAAACUUGAAAACUCGGUAUAAGUAGAAAAUUUUACUAUAUUAUGACAGUUAUUACAACCGUGUGGUAAUUUACAAAAUAAUGUAGAGUACGAACCCUAGCUAGUAGUACGAGAGCUAGCAACGUCGGAAAAAUAAGUAUUUUAAGACGUCUGGCUCUUUGGUAUAUCUUUU